AUGAAUGUGAAAUGGGGCAGACGAUUGGUGCUCGGCAUGCUCUGUUAUUUUACAAUUCAUUUGAUCGUUAAUAUAGUCGACAAUCGGCGAGUGAUCGAUCGUACUGAAAUACCGACAAAGAAAGAAUCCGAUGGACCGCUAGUGAUGAAAGAUCUGGCUGAUCGCAAAGGCAAAGUGUUAUCGUUAGUGCUUCAGCAAAUUUUCAAUCUCAUUGUUUUGUGUCAUUAUCUCCUCGUAAUUUUUUCUAUCUUUUUACUCGAUGCAAAACCACUGUUGUCACGCGCUGAAGAUUUGGUAAUGCAUCCACCGGAGAAUAAAACGUAUCAAUUACCUGAGAUUCCGGAAUCCUUUAUUAAGAAAUUCGAACGUUUCGCUAAAGUGAUCCAUUUGGAAACUGAUGAAUUUUUGCUAUUCACCAUGAUCAAUCGUGCUUAUUUGAAUCUCACUCUGAAUUGGUUGUGUAACGUCGCUCCUUUCCAAUCGAAUAUUCACGCAAAAACGCUCAUCGUUAGUAUGGAUCGGCAGAGUUGUCGUAAAAUCACGAAAGAAUGGCCAAAAGUUAGAUGCGUCUCAUUUGAAGUGCCGGAGGGUUACAAUGAAGCGCUGAAUUGGGGUCGUCAAAGCUAUAUCAACUUGUUGACACUUAGAAGUGAAUUGAUGGUUAAUCUGGUGUCGCUGGAUAUUCCAUAUAUUUUGUUCGAAACAGACUCAUCGUGGUUACGCGAUCCAAUGCAAUACUUCGGAAACCGGACAAUAAUCGAUGAUGCCGAUAUCAUAGUUCCAAAAAAAGGAUAUGACUACAAAGGCCAAAAGUAUACGUUCGACCCGAUGAUUGUAUAUCCCACAAACGGUUCCAGGAGUAUGCUAAUGGAAAUGAAACGGCGACUUCUUGAUGAUCCGAAACUUUUUGAUCAAGAUGUUCUUGAGGACCUCUGUGGCAGUCAAUAUUUUGGCGUUGUUUGUCGUCAAUUCGAAUGGGAGGAAAUCGCCGACGGAAAGUGGUUCAAGCUGGCUGAUGCUCAACGCCGUGACAUGAAGCCCUACAUCGUGAACAAUAACUACUACGUGGGAGUGGCGAACAAAAUUGGUCGACAGGCACUCAACGGACUGUGGUUCCUUUCGCCAAAAGGAAACUGUAUCAAGUCAAAAGUUCAGAAAAUGCUCGAGAAAUACUCACCUGAGGCCGCGAAAACGAAGAAGAACGCUAAGAAAUUAGCACAUAAGGUUACAAAAUCAAAUAAGAAAGUCACUGCAAAGAAACAGGGUCGAUAG